CCCCCCCACCUGCACCAAGGAGUAGCGUUUAUGUGUUGUAGCGGAUGGUCACCCCUCCCAAAUCUGUGGCUUCGGUGUGGUCCAAGCUGACUCCUGAGCUUGAGGAUACUUAAGUUGCAGGGAGAGUUUUUGCCCUACAACCCAGGAGUAAAAAGGGAGGUUUUCCUCUUCUGAAGCAGAAUCUUCCUCCUCCAGGCUGGCAACCACUAUGCUGCUGCUGCACAGACCUGUGGUCAUAGGACUUCGACAUGCUUUCAGGACCAAGUCAACUCCCUCAAGGCUCUGCUGUCAAGCAUUUUCUACAAAUGAUUCAUUUCAACCCCAGACCCCCAGCCUCACCUUCUCUGGUGGUAACUCCAGCACUGGGGGAUGGAGAGUCAUGGGGACCUUGCUGGGCCUUGGUGCAGCAUGGGCCUAUCAUGACCAUCGGUGUAGGGCUACUCAGGAGACACCACGAAUGUACACUAAGGAGGAAGUACGUUCCCACUGCAGCUCUGAGAUGGGGAUCUGGGUAACUUUAGGCUCUGAGGUCUUUGAUGUCACAGAAUUUGUGGAUUUACACCCAGGAGGACCAUCAAAGUUGAUGCUAGCAGCUGGGGGUCCACUAGAGCCUUUCUGGGCCCUCUAUGCUGUUCACAACUCGUCCCAUGUGCGUGAGUUACUGGCUCAGUACAAGAUUGGGGAGUUGAACCCUGAAGAUAAUGUACACCCCUCCUUGGAGAACUCUGAUCCUUAUGCUGAUGAUCCUGUGCGUCACCCAGCCCUGAAAGUCAACAGCCAGCGCCCCUUUAAUGCAGAGCCUCCCCCUGAACUGCUGACAGAAAACUAUAUCACACCCAACCCUUUUUUCUUCACCCGGAACCACCUGCCUGUACCUAACCUGGACCCGGAUACCUAUCGCUUGCAAGUAGUUGGGGCGCCUGGAGGUCAGUCACUGUCUUUGUCCCUGGAUGACUUGUAUAAGUUUCCCAAGCAUGAGAUCACAGUCACUCUGCAGUGUGCUGGCAACCGGCGCUCUGAGAUGACUCAGGUCAAAGCAGUAAAAGGUCUUGAGUGGAAGACAGGGGCCAUCAGCACGGCACGCUGGGCUGGAGCACGGCUCUGUGAUGUAUUAGCUCAGGCUGGUCACCAACUCUGUGAAACUGAAGCCCACGUCUGUUUUGAGGGUCUGGACUCAGAUCCCACUGGGACUGCCUAUGGAGCGUCGAUCCCUCUGGCUCGAGCCUUGGAUCCUGAAGCUGAGGUCCUUCUGGCAUAUGAGAUGAAUGGGCAGCCACUGCCUCGUGACCAUGGCUUCCCUGUGCGGGUGGUGGUUCCUGGUGUGGUGGGUGCCCGCCAUGUCAAGUGGCUGGGCAAAGUGAGUGUAGAGUCAGAGGAAAGUUACAGUCACUGGCAGCGCCGGGACUACAAAGGCUUCUCUCCAUCUGUUGACUGGGACAAGGUAGACUUUGAUUCAUCUCCAUCUAUUCAGGAACUACCUGUCCAAUCAGCCAUCACACAGCCUCAAGAUGGGGAGACUGUAGAGACUGGAGAAGUGACCAUCAAGGGCUAUGCAUGGAGUGGUGGUGGCAGGGCUGUCAUCCGGGUGGAUGUGUCUCUGGAUGGGGGACUAACUUGGCAAACAGCUGAACUGGAUGGAGAGGAACAGCGCCCCAGGAAGGCUUGGGCCUGGCGUCUGUGGCAGCUGCAAGUUCAUGUGCCAGCUGAGCAAAAGGAAUUGAACAUCAUUUGUAAAGCUGUGGAUGACAGCUAUAAUGUGCAGCCAGACACCGUGGCCCCAAUCUGGAACCUGCGAGGUGUGCUCAGCAAUGCCUGGCACCGCAUCCAUGUCCAUGUAGCUCCUUGAGAGCGUGGCAUUAAGCCAUCUACACCUAGAACCAUUUUACCCCUUUCACCCAUCCUUUGGCAUCAUUGCCACAGAAAAAGGUUUUCUUCCUUUCCACUUUUUGGAUCCUGAUUCUACUGUCUUCCUAAAUCAUAACCAGAAAUUGCAUAUUUCUACCCAGACACCCCCUCUUUUUAUACUAUAUUACAUACCCCUCUUGAGUUCUGAUCCUGUGCCACGGGGUAGGAGCUCUUGGAGCGAGGGGCUAGAUGUGAGAAAGUACUUUUGAAGGUAAGAAUUAGUUUCUCAUCGUAGUCUACCUCCACUUCUAAUGCCCAUUGCUUUCUAGGCCUUAUUUUGUAUUUCUUGGAUUCUUCAGAUUGUAUGGCAUAAGAAGUGUACAUUACUACUUUCUACUACCUAUCCCCCCCCCUUUAUAACUACUUUUCUAAAGACAUCAAUAAAGUGUCUGCUGAAAGUUA